CGUCCAGUCCCAGUGUCCCCAGCAGCAGCCCGGGAGGCAGCAGAAGCAGUGACGAUGGUACUGGCAGCUUACACAGCUGGAACUCCGGGGUUACGUGCCUCCUGCACAGCUCCAUCAAGAAGCAGAGCCACAAAGCUUUUCAAAUUCGAAUCAGAGAGGAAAGUGAUUGGGAGAAGCAAGCAGAAGGUCCCUCCAGUGGGCCUCAUGGUGGAGCUCAUCUACAGGCAGAGCAGGGAGGGGGCAGCCACCAUGAACUGCAUCAGGGCAGGGCACAGAGUCACGCCACAGUUAAGAGUGUUAAACUGCAGCAGCUGCUGGAGGAGAGGAUAAAAGCCAAGCUGAAGUUUUCAAAGUUCCUGGAUGAAGUAACUUCCAACAUACUGGACCCCAACAGCCUGCAGGCAUUUGGAAAACCAGUGUCUCCUUCUUGCUUCACCAUCAAAAACUCGUAUCACCCUGAAAACCACAUUCAAGUGGUAAACCCUAGAUUGUGUAUCUCCAUGGCCCAACAUCAAGAAGCGUUACCUGAGUCAAAGACUCCAAAAGAGGAAACUUACACUGAAAUUCCACUGAAAACAUAUCUGGAGACAGAUAUCGACUCCGUCCGGACGGAUUUUGAAGCACAGGACCUGGAGAUGAAAGCAGAGACAUGGGCACAGCUGGAGGUAGAUGAGAAAAAUGUGAUUCCACCUCCUCCACAGUUCUGUCAAGGAUUCAAGAUGAAAAGUCCCCUUCCUGAGUUUCGUCGUGACUUCCCCAGAUACCCUUACAGAUCUGCCUCUGUGCCCAGGGACAUCAACAUGCUGCCUGACGAGGAGUUGAACAACAUAGAUGCUAUCAGCUCACUGUUGGAGCAGAAGGAGGACCUGCGGAAGAGACUUUCCUACACAACACACAAGCUGGAGUUGCUGCAGAGUGAGUUCGACUCCACGCGGCAGUACUUGGAGACGGAGCUGCGUAGAGCACAGGAGGAGCUGGACAAGUUCACUGAUAAGCUGCGCAGAAUACAAAGCAGCUACUCAGCACUGCAGAGGAUCAACCAAGAUCUGGAGGAAAAGAUCCAGAGAAAUUCACAGCACCACGAUGAUGAGAAACGGGCUCUGAGCAGAGAGAUCAUCGUCCUCAACAACCACCUGAUGGAGGCAAAGCUCACCAUCGAGAAGCUGCAAGAAGACAACGACCUGUACAGAAAGGACUGUAACCUGGCGGCUCAGCUGCUGCAGUGCAACAAGUCUCUGUACAGAGCCCAGCUCUCUGAGCUGCCUGCUGACAUUCAGGAGCGACUGUCCAUGCACCUGGAAGAGUCUCCUCUCUGCCACAGCUACCCUGACUCUGUCUCGGCUUCUCUCAUUGCGGAGGUGCUUGAGAAGCCAGACGAAGCCUGCAGCAGCAGCCAGGCGUCUCGUUCCCCCAGCCCCCAAACCCAAGACCAGGCUUUUAUUCUGGAGAGACUGGGCCCUGGCGAACGGCUGGGGCUCCGUGCAGCCUAUAAAUCUGAUCUGUACAGCAGUGACACAGCCCUUUACUGCCCUGAUGACCGCCACCGUGAGAGGAGGCCCAGCAUGGAUCUCCACGGUCAGAGAAAGCUGCUGUACGGGCCCCAGAACUCCACCGACAGCACCCCGGAAGACGGUUCAGUGGGGCUGAGAGCUGGCUUCUCCCAGGAACAUUUUGCCAAGUUCCCUGCUACACUGGGUGGAGGCUCCAGCUCUUACUCCAGCUUCAGCGGAGGGGGAUCAGAGGACAAGGGCAACGGCCCACCCAGCAGUGCAGCCUCCUCCCCGCACCAUCAUUCCCUGUACAUGGAUUGGAGAGACGCAGGAGACUAUGAGAGAAAAAGUGACUCAUCCUGGGACCAGGACAGUCCAAGGGGCUUUGCCAAUGCUCAUCCCUUCCAACAGACGGAGCUGAGCCACCACCAGAACGGCAGCUCACCAGUCUACAGCCGCACCAUGUCCUCCUGUUUCAGUGAGCCCUACGAGCCGCUCCCCCCAUCCUCCUCCCCGAGUGUGGCCUAUGGCGACAGUCGUCGAGGUAGCACGUUGGCACCUGAAGAGGAGGAGCUGAUUGGUCGAUGGAGGCAACUCAGUGUGGAGGAUUUGAGUGCCCACACCUACCGCAGCCCAGGCCGGGCCUCACCUUACAGCUUCUCAGAGCAGCACUUCUCCGUCCGCCCUGCUAAGAUCCGGCUGGGGCCGCUCUACAGCAGCUUCCAGGAAGGAGCUGAUUAUUACCACCAUGGAGCAGGUGCCAUGGACCCAGUGUGGGUCGGUACCAGCCCCAGUCCCGAAUGCAGUCCAGAUCUCCGGCAGGCACACAGCCAAGCCCACCUGUACCGGACCGAGGAAAGCCACGACCCGGAGCACGGCGUCUACCACUCAGGGAGCUCCAAAGACAGGGAGGGCAACGUCGCCGCUGGUGGUCAGAGCACGGAUUAUGCAGACCCCAGCCCCAACAGCUCCACCGAGUCCCUCAACCAGACGGCCCUAGAGAUGGCUGCAGAGCUGCAGCACUAUCAAGUGGAGAUGCACAGCAUCCCUCCACAGGUCACCCCAUCGCCUCCGCCAGCCCCACCUCCCCCUCCCCCGUACAACCAAAAGUUUGGCUCGUUGGGGCUCACCAGGAAGGACAGUCUGACCAAGGCCCAGCUUUACGGGACUCUUCUGAACUGAAGGACCUGACGAUCAGGUUCAGUCUCUGAAAAGCUCAAACACACAAGCCCUUGACGUACUCAGCCACACCUUGUGUUGGCACAAACAUUUCCCUGAAAAUGGUCUGAGAAGCAGCGAGGAGCCAGACGAUUCAUGAAGAUUUCACUAGUGCAGAUCAUUUAAGACCCUUUGGUGUCUGGUCACGGGAUCGCAAACGUUUACAGCGCAAACAUGCGGAAGGAGCAAGUCACAAGUCAAGAGCUGGAGGAUAAGACGGAACGGCCAGAGAAGAGCUCACGAACUCUUACAAUGUAUAAGAAUGUGUAUGUAUUUAAAUACCAAUGUAAAAAUAUAUAGUAUUAACUGAAAAUUGAGUGAUAUAUUUUGUAUGUAGCUGUUAGAAAGAAAUGGAUCCAAAACAAGCGCAAAUCUUCAGGUCAGUUCUUUUUCAGUUCUAUAAUGCCUUUUUUGAUCGCCAAAAGGAAAUUAUAUCAUCCUGGUAGGAAGUUACUUCUGACUGUCAGCAUUAUAGAGUGACUAUAAAAGGUUAUUAUGAAAGGCUUUAGCUGUGCUGGCUUCCUAGGAGCUGAACGUUGCAUGUUUUGCCAGAAAUAUUAGACAACAAUCCACAUCAUCAGUACAAAACAGUGAUUCAGCAGAAGGGUUCUUGAGGUUUGCUAUAAGACUAUAGAUCAGUCCUGCUAUUGGCCACAACUUUCUACAAUGACUGAAUACUGAAACAAUAUCAUUUCCCUUCAAAGAUUAAAAAAGUAUCAUUGAAGUGAAUUGAAAGGAAUCUGUUGUUAAAAAGCAUUGCAAUCCCAAUGCCUUUACUUUUGCCGCCCUGCUUGCAGUCCGUCUGCCCGUAUAGUCUGAAAGCCAGAUGGAGGGGCGUUGGAGUCUCGUUCCAGCAGCCACAUCUUGGGGAAACAAAUAUAACUUUAUACCUGAUACUCCCGACGUGUCCUCUUCAGUGCUCCAAGCUCAUCCAUUUCAUUUGACAGUGAUCCUACUUUUCAAGAACAGAAAUGGUUUAAAAACUCCUCCUCCCUUCUCUCGGUUUUGCUCCUGCUCGACAACCGUCACAUCCCCUUUUAACUGAUUAGGGAAAUCGGGAUCUCAGUUUGGGUAAUUGUUGGCCUUUUGGACGCUCAAUAACCUGUUUUAGCGUAAACAACUCUGCUGUUGCCAUCGUUCCUCAUUGUAACGUGUAAAAAAGUGCCCGAAAUAGUAGCAGAAAUCUCUUAAGCGGCACGGCAUCCAAACUGACAUGAGAAAAUCUGUCAAAAAUCUGGGUUUUAGAGGAAAAGUUCAAGAAUAUACAAAUAUA